CCAUUGACUUACGGGGAAAGGUUGGGGAGAGGGGAUUGGAGAGAGGGGAGAAGGGGAAGGGGUGUGAGAGGUGGUCUGCUUGGGGGGAGCGGGGUGCCUAGCGGGUGGGCGAGGCGGCGUGAGCAUCGCAGCGGUGCCGGGGAUAAAGGGAUGACGUGGGCGGUCGAGAGUGAGGGAACAAAUAACAUUCUCUCCAAUACUAUAAGACACCUAACCCUGGACAUUUUUCUCCUCUUCUCCGCAGGUUGGUUACUUCUGCGUCAGGCCGGCAGCAGGAGCCUCUUAAAAGCCUUCGUUCAGCCCCGAGGAACCCUGACCAGAGACGGACGCGGGUCUGGCCACUUCCUACCGCCGACACUGUUCUGAGGCGCAUAAGUGAGUGAGGCCGACGACGUUUUGCUGCCAUGUUUCUACUUUGGAGACUGGCGACUGACUGAUUAAGUGUAGCCGGGAGGCGUGCGUCGAGACUGCCUUUGUCAGGCUGGUGAUGCCCUUGACUGUUGUCCGACUCCUCGUUACAGUUGCAUCAUGAAGGGUAAAAAUACUAUCUAAGUGACUUGGUGUUACGGUGAACUGUGACGGACUCUAGCCUCCGUGAAGACUGUGUUCCACCUGGACCAGCCUCGCUCUUCUCAACCUCCUCCACCAGAAUAUAAUGUCCAUGUUGGUGCGACGAGGAACCAUGUGUCACCGCAACUCGACGCGCCGCCUGCAGCGCAAGAACCAGCAGCAGAGGGCCGCGCUGCAGUUGCAGGGGCGGCCGGGCUCUGCUAAGGCCCGCUCCCCUGGCUCGGCCAUCCCGCAGCCACAGACCCCCGCGGGCGGUCCCUCCACCUCCAAGGGGGUGACGCCCUCCACCAGCAGGGAUGGCGUGCGGGGUUCGGGCGGGACGCCGGGCCUCUCGGGGCGGCCGUGGUCUGAGCCAACGUCCCGACGCUCCUCUCAAGGCUUCAACAGCGUAAGUGUUUCCUUUCCCCCCUCGCAUGGUGCCUAUACUCUGUUUAGCUUAAGGUGAGAAUGUGCCAGAAGAGAAGCCUAAUCCGCUAUCCUCCUACCUAACUCAACCUGAACCCAGAUUUUGUCCAACUCCCAUCGGAUCAAGGUUCAGGUUCAGGUGGUGGUCGGGAAGCAUAGCCUUUGCAACGGCGCUUCCCUAUCUUGUUUCUCUUCUCAAUCGUUCAACUUUCCACCAAUCACUAUCACCAAAGCAGCUGUGCCCAUUCCCUGUCUCCUAUUGGGAAGAACUCCUUUCCAGACGUGUUCUCACCCUUGGUUGAACGACCCCUCUUCCCCUUGUGCUCGGCGGGGGUUUGUUUCUCACUGUUAUUGCGUUGGGAGAUAGAAAUAGACGAAGGGAAAUAUAGUUAGCGAUGGAUUAUGUGGGUAGGAAAUACUGGAAAUAUCUCCGUGUAGAAAUAUUUGAGCGUGUUGUUAAGGAGAGAUUGACGAAGGGAAAUGGAGUUAGCGAUGAAUUUUGAGCGCGAGAAAUACUGGAAAUACCUGUGGAGAAAAAUUCGAGAGGACUAUUACGUUGGGAGAUAUAUAGACAUUUAAGACUUCGCUCCUCCCAGUCCAGCCCAGCCCAGCCCAGCCCAGCCCUAGUAUUUCUCCUGAGGGUAUAUUGAGGCUAGCGGUGUACUUCUAGGUGUUCU